AUGAGAGGAAAAAAAUAUAAUAAUAAUAAUAAAGAUAAUAAUAAAGAUAAUAAUAAUAAUAAUAAUAAUAAUAAUAAUAAUAAUAAUAAUAAUAAUAAUAAUAACAUUGAAAGGGAUGAUGGUAAAAGCAAAAAAGAAAAUAUGUGGGGGUGGUGGAAGAAUCGAUGUAAUCAACAGGUAGAGCAAUAUAAAAAAGAGUAUUUUGAAAAAGAGUCCAGUAUAUUCAAAGAUAUCAAGGUUUAUUUUGAUGGGUUUAGUGGGGAUGUUUCAGUAAUGCAUUUAAAGAAAUUAGUGUUUCUAAAUGGUGGAACCCAUAGUCAUUGGUUUUCUCCGACACAGUGUACUCAUAUAAUUGGUACUGAUAUGUCUUUAAAUAAAUAUGAAAAAAUUAAAAAAAUGGUUACUUCAAAUUCAAAAAGAACAAAUAAUACUAUUCAUUAUGUAAAUUCAAACUGGAUAUUAGAUAGUUGCAAAUUUAAAAAGUUGCAAAACGAAUCAAAAUAUAAAUUAUUUAAUGAAUCUACAAGUUUUUAUAAUUCAAAAGAUAUAAGAUCAUUUUUUACUCCAGAAGAUAAAGAUAAUAUAAAUGAAAUAGUAGAAGAUAAUAAUCAAUCAAAUAUAGAUGAUGAUAAUCAAGAUAAUAAUAAAAUAACAUCAACAUCAAUAUCAACAUCAACAUCAACAUCAACAUCAACAUCAACAUCAACAUUAACAUCAACACCACCACCAUCAUCAUCUAUUAAUCCAAAUAAAAGAAAUAAAAAUUAUAACACAAUAAUUGAUACUGACGAGUAUUCACUAUUUUCAAAAGUUAAAAAGAAUAAAACGGUUGAUGACAAUGAAUUGGAAGAUUUAUUAUUAAAUCCAGCAGUUUCAAUUAACAAUUACCUUGAUAAUAAACCAACAUUACCAAAAAAAAAUAAUGAUUACUAUUUUAGUGAUGAUGAGGAACACAAUCAAAAAUAUUUGUCGUCAAUAGAAAGGGGUCAAUCUAAAUUUAUUUAA